AUGUUCUCGAGAACCAGGCCAAAAAUAGCAUUAAAUCCACGUCCGUGCCGCCGAAUGGCUUCUGUAUUGAUACAAUUGCCACCAAUGCCUCUAUCAUGUCAGCCAAGUCUUGACUUGUCCCCCCACAUCGUCACACCUGCAGCAUCUCCGCUCACCACCCCUUCUAACAACUACUUUCACUCCUCCAACAUUCCACAAAAGUCCAAGGCACGCCUAGCCCUUAUUGAACUCCAGCAGGUCCUUAAAUCAUCCAAAGAUAUUCUUGCUGUACUCCAGAAGGCCUAUGUAAACCAUGAAAAGGACACCGAGGACGUUUUGUUGCUACUCAAAGAACUUCAGAAGAAACAGAAAGCCCUAGAGUCAAAUUUGUUAAUAGUAAAGCCCAAUAAGACAGAAUAG